CUUAUCAACCAGUCUGUGGAAAAUUUUGACAUCAACCGAGUUUUGAAGAAUAGAAAUUGAUCAUUGUUAUAUCGAAGCUCAAAUACUUCAAAAUGGUAUUCCCCAAAUACAACUUGCAAAUUAUGGAUUCAAAAGAACUUAAAACUGCACACACAAUUCUUUUGAUUCAACCUACUUCAGAACCCGAAUCUAGAACUUUUUCCGAUUACGAAUCGGUUAAAAAAUGUAUGGAAGACAUUUGUGAGAUGUAUGAGGAACAUCUAAGAAAACAGAAGCCUGAAGCGCAAUCAAUAAUUUAUAAAAUAUCAGAAGUAAUUGAGUUUACUGAUGAGCUAUCUGACAUAAGAUGUCUGGUUUUUCAUAAGUCAACCAAUACAUAUGCACCUUACAACAGAGAAUGGAUAAAAGAGAGAAUCAAUAAUUUGUAUCGAAAAUCUGAUUAUCCUUAGUAUAUUGGUACAUAAUAUGAAGAGUUGAUAUCAACCACAAGAUUCCAAUAAUUUAAAAUGAAUUUAUUGAAAUUUUCAUAUCGUUUGUAAUUCAGUUAAAGUUGUAUUAAUUUUAGACUCAUUAAAUAAAGUUUUCUCAGAGCUGAA